AUGAGGCUGCUGCGGGCUCUGCUGAGAGGCGCCUCCCCGGCCGGCCUCCCGCAGCAGGUGGAUUUCUACGCCCGCUUCUCCCCGUCGCCCCUCUCCAUGAAGCAGUUCCUAGACUUCGGGUCUGAAAAUGCUUGUGAAAAGACUUCGUUUAUGUUUUUGAGACAAGAGUUGCCUGUAAGAUUGGCAAACAUAAUGAAAGAAAUAAGUCUGCUUCCAGACAACCUGCUAAAAACACCUUCAGUUCAGCUGGUGCAGAGCUGGUAUGUCCAGAGUCUUCAGGAAAUCCUUGACUUUAAGGAGAAAAGUGCAGAAGAUUCAGAAGUUAUUCAUAGGUUUACAGAUACUGUGAUAACAAUCCGGAACCGACACAAUGAUGUAAUUCCUACAAUGGCUCAAGGUGUGAUUGAGUACAAGGAAAGCUUUGGUGUUGAUCCAGUGACCUGUCAGAAUGUGCAGUAUUUUUUAGAUCGUUUCUACAUGAGUCGCAUUUCAAUCAGAAUGCUCCUCAAUCAGCACUCUUUGCUGUUUGGUGGAAAAAUUAAAGUUAAUCCAGCGCAUCCAAAACACAUUGGAAGCAUUAAUCCUAACUGCAAUGUUGUUGAAGUUAUUAAAGAUGGCUAUGAAAAUGCUAAGAGACUUUGUGAUUUGUAUUACAUGAGCUCUCCAGAACUUUUGCUUGAAGAGUUGAAUGCAAAAUCAUCAGGACAACCCAUGCAAGUAGUGUAUGUACCAUCCCAUCUCUAUCACAUGGUUUUUGAACUUUUCAAGAAUGCAAUGAGAGCCACAAUGGAACACUAUACUGAUCGAAGCGUUUACCCUCCAAUUCAAGUACAUGUCACAUUAGGCAAUGAGGAUUUAACUGUGAAGAUAAGUGAUCGUGGUGGCGGUGUUCCGAUGAGGAAAAUUGACGGACUGUUCAACUAUAUGUAUUCAACUGCACCACGUCCCCGUGUUGAGACAUCACGAGCAACACCUCUGGCUGGAUUUGGUUAUGGUUUGCCUAUAUCACGUCUGUAUGCACAGUACUUCCAAGGAGAUCUGAAACUGUAUUCCUUAGAGGGGUAUGGUACAGAUGCAGUUAUCUACAUAAAGGCUUUAUCAACAGAAUCAAUCGAAAGGCUCCCUGUGUAUAACAAAUCAGCUUGGAAACGUUAUGUGGAAAACCACGAAGCAGAUGACUGGUGUGUGCCAAGCAGUGAGCCAAAGGACAUGACCACAUUCCGCAGUAUAUAAUUGUACAACAGUCCAGAAAAAGUAAACAUGCUUUUGUCGUCUGUUUGCAAAGGGAUUGUUUAGCAGCUUUAUACCAAACAUGGUUCAAAUACUUCAUGUGGAAAUGUUUUUAGUAGGGAAUAAUAGGAAGUUGAAGUCCAUAAUUGUUUUCCAAUACUACUUUAAGAAAUUAACUGAAUUAAAACCAAGUAUGUAGUUUAAAAAAUACACUCGU